GAAUAGUGUGUUGAAACAUUGUCGUGUUUUAAAGUGUUUAUGCAAAGGAUUACGUCCGUAUGACAUAUGUAUGUUUCUGUUAUAAAAUUUGAUUUGUAAAUUACAAUCUAUAGUAUGUUAUAAAUAUAAAACAUAGACAGAGACGCAACGCCAUGGACUACAGAAACUGUCAAACUUUUAGCCACACAACAUUUUUGGCAAAGUAAAUGAAAAUCCAAUUAAGAUGAGAGGGAAAAAGAAGGCAGAUACAAAUGCAAAUGCUAGUGAACCAAAUGGAAAGAAGGCCAAGCCAGCGACUGAAGAAAACGUCAUUAAUGUAAAGGAAAAGCCAGUACAGCUGAAGGGACAGAAAAAAGCAGAGAAGACAAUAAAAAUGGCAAACAUAGACUAUAGUGAAAGAAGGCAAAGCCAGCGAUUGAAGGACAAGUCUCUGUUGAAAACUCAUGAACGAAGGCAAAGCCAUCGAUUGAAGGAAAAGACUGUGUUGAACAGUAGUGAAAGAAGGCAAAGCCAGCGAUUGAAGGACAAGUCUCAGUUGAAAAGGAAAAGCGAGUUAAGCACAGAGCGGAAAAGAAAGCAGGAAAAUCCACUUAAUCAAAAGCCAGAAAAGAACGAAGGUAAGAUAGCAGAAGACGGUAAACCAACAAGUCUACACAUGAAUGAAAAAUCCAGAGCAGGGGCGAAAGAAGAAUGCACAUAGAACAACAGGAGAGGGUGAACCAGUAAGUAUGUCUUCC